GCCUCUCUCUCAAAGCUAUCCUUUCUACAGUAAUCUUCCUCCUUCCCUUCCCUUCUGGAUCCGAUUAUUGUUUUUGCUACUUCUUCUACACCUAAGGGUAAUGGCUCGUACGAAGCAAACUGCGCGCAAAUCCACUGGAGGGAAGGCUCCAAGGAAGCAGCUCGCUACAAAGGCUGCAAGGAAGUCUGCUCCAACAACUGGUGGAGUCAAGAAGCCUCACCGAUACCGUCCUGGAACUGUCGCCCUUAGAGAAAUUCGUAAGUACCAGAAGAGUACAGAGCUUUUGAUCCGUAAGCUCCCAUUCCAACGACUGGUUCGUGAGAUCGCUCAGGACUUCAAGACGGAUUUGAGGUUCCAGAGCCACGCAGUGCUUGCGCUUCAAGAGGCUGCUGAGGCUUAUCUUGUAGGAUUGUUUGAAGACACCAAUCUCUGCGCUAUUCAUGCCAAGAGAGUUACUAUUAUGCCGAAAGACAUUCAACUGGCUAGGCGAAUCCGUGGUGAAAGGGCUUAGUCGUUACAAUGCAAGAAUUUGAAUGCUUAGGAUACUUUUGUGACAGUCGAAGUACCUGUAUAUAUAAGUCGUUACAACUUAUAUAGUUAGUUUCUUCGUUGAAAAACAGUUCUGAAACAUAGAACAAGUGAAUUGAAGAUUGAUUUGUUCA